AUGGAUGAUGAUUUGCUUGCUGACGAUGGUCAAUUCAAAGAUGAUAGUUUGGAUGAAUUAGAUAUUGAUGAAGAAGCAGCACUUCUCGGGCUUAGCGAUGAAGAAAUUGAAGGGGACAGAUCUGAGCCUGAGUUGCAAUAUGUUGACGAAGAAGGUAAUAUUGUUGACAUGGGGGAAAAUAAUGCUGAGCUGUAUGAAGUUGCAAAUGUACAAGAUACAGAUAACCCUCAAGCUGAUGAUGAUGUCUUAGAGUUGGAUUUAGAUGCUGAACUUGAUGCAUUUACACGGGAAAAUCCAGACCUUGCCCCUCGUGAAUCUCCUGUUUCCAAGUCAUAUAAUGACAGACAUUUCAAAGAGAAUCUAAUAUCAAUUUCGACCAGAAAUGAAAAAGCAGCAGUGAGACCAAAAGAACAGCGCAUUAGUCCAGAAAUACGAGAGCAUGAGAAACCAAAAAGUGACACUUCCUAUCAAUCAACUUUAGGACACUCUUCGAGAUCAGAGGCUUUAGACUCAUAUCCCGAUGAACUUGAGUAUGAUGAAGAAAGUGAAGAUGAGAGUUUGGCUGAUGAUCACAGAGAAAGGUUUAAGUCUGAAAGAAGUAAUAUUAUUACUUUAACCCCUGGGAAAAGACGAUCAGAUAUUCCAGACACAUUAGAAUCUGUCAUAAGUGUUGAAGAGACUGCUAAAGUUCAAGCAUUUCUCGAGAAUGAACAGAAACGAAAAAUGCGUUUUAAAGGCAGAAAUCAGAAUCAUCAAAGGAAUCAGCCUAGAAAUUUCUCAAGAGCUCCCCAGAAUUUUCAAAAUAUGAGGCCUCAGCAUAUGAGACCUCAAAAUAUGCCAUCUCAGAGCAUGCCACUUCAAAGCAUGUCAUCUCAAAGCAUGCCAUCUCAAAACAUGCCACCUCAAAGUGGGCCACCUCAAAAUAUGCCUCCUCAAAAUAUACCUCCUCAAAAUAUGCCACCACAAAAUAUGCCACCUCAAAAUAUGCGACCCCAAAAUGUGCCUCCACAAAGUAUGCCACCUCAACAAAUGCAGCAGUAUCCUCCUUCUACAUCUACUGCUGCUGUUCAACAAAAUGUUAAUGCUCCAGCACAACCAGGACAUAAAAUAUUAGUCAAUCCUCAUUUCAGAGGAGUGAGAAUGCCUCCACCAGCCACUACGGAGCCAGCUCAUACUGCAAAUGAUAUUCCUGUAUCACAUCCUGCUCCAGUUUAUGAAAAUCCUCAAAAUUUUCCUCCUCCACCAUCAUAUUCACACCAUGAAGCAAUUCAUCCAGCACCUAUGGGGCCACCUGUAUAUAAUGCUCCUCCUCCUACUCAUGCAGCUCCAUACAAACAUCCUGAAUAUCCUCCACCUCAACAGGUUCAUCAACAACCACCAAUGCCCGUGUGGCAACCACCGCCUGAAAUCCCCCAGCAUAUCUAUUCCAAUCCUCCACCAGUGAUGAACUAUUCUGAACCUGCACCUCAGAUUCCUACUGGAUACCAUAACUUCAAUCAAAAUAAUUAUCAAAACAAUUUUCAACCUUCGCCUUUACAGCAGCAACCAUUAAGUUAUGGUCAACCACCAGCUCCACCAGUGCAUUUGCCACCAACAACCUAUUCAUCUGCACCUCCUAUCAAUCAUAUGCCUGGAAACAAUACCUAUACUCAGUUUUCUGCUAACCAACAAACAUAUACUAGUACAAAUCAGCCUUACCAAGAACGCUCCAGUUCCCAACGGCAGCCUGUAGUACAGACACAGCGCAGUAAAUUUGUGCAGAAUCAAAGAUUUCCAAGACAACCUGAAAAAAGAACUUCACCUUCAAAUGUCAAACCUGUGCCUUUGAAGCAACCUCGCUUAGAUCAUCCUCAGAGAAAAAUAAAUGUUCAUGUCAAUCCAAACAUUAGAGAAAUUCCUCUUGUGGAUACUCUUCCCAGAGCUAGUCCUCAAAAGCCUCCUGUGAAGAAAUCACCGGUGGUUGUGGAAGAAGAAGAUGAAAAAACUAAAGAACUGAGGAUGAAAAUAGAAGAACAAAAAUUGUUGAGAGAACAGCUAUUGAAGAGAAAGGAAGAGCGUAGAAGAGAAAUGGCUGCUCAAAGAUUAUUAGAGCUUAAGAAAAGACAAGCUGAGCAGGGAAAAACUGUUACUUCUAUUCCCUUAAAACCAAUUCAGAAUAAUCAACAAAAUUCUUCAACUGUGCAAACAGCUUCUCAGCAAAAAAUUAGUGUAAAAAAUCGUAUUGGACUUCCAGCAGCCAGAGCUGUACCUACGAAGAAAAAAAUUAUUGUAGUUAGAAAGAAAAUCCAGCAAAAUACAAAUAAUUUCACUAAUCAAGCAAAAGUCGGUGUUACAACACAGAAAAUGCCUGUUACUGCAGCCAAACCAUUGCAAAAUGCUCCUCAAAAGCAAAAUAUAAGUUUGAAUAAUGCCAAUAAAACACAGACUCCAUUGUUCAAGAAAGUGAUACUUCAACCUACUGCGAAUUCUAACAAAAACGUAACAAUGAGUGCCGUAAAGAAAGACAACCAACAAAUAAAAGCCCCAAUUGUAUCUCCUACUGCAAAAGUGGAAGCUACUAAAGUUGAAAAUACUUUGAAAACAAAAAAGCAAAUUAAUGUUCCUCUGUCGCCUAAAAAGGCGGGUCGUUUGGGUAACCGACCUGGCCCUCAGAGACAGCCUUUUCAUCCACCUAUAAAUCCUCAGUUGCAAAGAAUGCCACCUCCAAGAUUUUCCAGCCCAAGAGGGCCUCACUUUAAUCCACGUCUUAUGGAGCCUCGAAUGCGAUUCCCGAAUCGUAACAUGCAUAUGAAUGAUAUGCGUUUGCCUUUGCGGCCGCCUUUUCAAGAGCGUCAUCCCUCAUUUCAAGAUGCUCGACCUCCUCUUCUCCCAUUUAUACCAAAUAGAGAGCAUGGACCAUUUAAUCACUUCCCCCACCCUGAAGGGCGAUUUGAUCCUAGAAACCCUCAUUUUCGUAUGAAUUCUCCAGAUUUUCAAAACUUUCAGCAUGCGGAUAUGGACAUGUUUCAUGAACGGUUUCCACCGCCACAGUUUCAGGGUCGGUAUCCUGAGAUGCGUCAAAUCCCUGGUGAAAAUCAAGGCCCUAUGUUUCAUAAACCACGAUUUCAAAAUGCAAACUUUCGUCCUAGGAUUUCUCCGAACAAGCAAAGUCAAAAUCUGCAGAAUAAAAAGACUAAUCAAUCUGAAAUAAAUGCUACAAAAAAAUUGCAAGCUGAAACUACAGGUCCUGUGAAGAAUGCCAAUAGCAAUCAAAAUUCUCAAGAAGGGAAGAAAAUUAUUCAAAUACAGCAGCAGAAAAAAAACAUAUCUGAGGUCUCUGAUGGUUCUAACACUCGAGUAUCUGUAGAAAACUUAUCUUCAUCAACAACUGAAGUCCAGUUGAAAAAAUUGUGUUCAUCAGUUGGAGUUGUGCAGAACAUUCAACUCUUGAAAUCUGAAAGAAAAGCCAUAAUAAAAUUCAAGGAGUCCAAGCAAGCUAUUAAUUUUCAACAGAAGUACCAAAGAUACAUGCUGGACUUAGCUAUGAUUCAAGUGUCUUUGCUCUCAACUUAGCUUUCUAUUUUAUUUUGUCUUGUUUUUAUAAUAAAAUAAUGUUAGAC